UUCAGAUUCACUCCCACUGCUCUGCCUAGGAGAAAUUAAACAUCACUCAUCAUAUCUCCCUCUCCAAGUCUCAAUUGAGUAGAGCCAUGGCUAUGCCAAAUAUAACUCAGACACCAAGCCAUGGAAAGGAAGACGAAGAAUUUGAGAUGAGAAGAGGGCCAUGGACUGUUGAAGAAGACACUCGUCUUGUCCAUUACAUUGCUUGUCAUGGGGAAGGCAGGUGGAAUUUGUUGGCCAAAUUUGCAGGCUUGAAGAGAACCGGAAAAAGUUGCAGACUGAGAUGGCUGAAUUAUCUAAAACCCGACAUUAAGCGCGGAAACCUCAGCCCACAAGAACAGUUCUUGAUUCUCGAACUCCAUUCCAAGUUGGGGAACAGGUGGUCUAAAAUUGCGCAGCAUCUCCCGGGUAGAACAGACAAUGAGAUCAAGAAUUACUGGAGAACACGGGUGCAGAAACAGGCCCGCCACCUUAAGAUCGACUCUAACAGCAAGACAUUCCUCGACGCGCUUCGAUGUUUUUGGAUGCCAAGAUUGCUUGAGCAGAUGGAGCAAACUUCAUCCCCAUCUUCCACUCCUAACACUCGUCAUCAUCAUCCAGCCAUGGAAUCCCUUCAAAACGCUGCAAUAUUGAGCUCUGUAAAUCCCAAGUUCGACAACGAAGAAAAGCCAAGGCCAGUGGUCAUCAGUUCAUCCCCAGCUGUUUGCUACUCAGAUGCCAUGAGAAUAAUUUCGCAGCUGCCUGCUGCUGCUGCCUUUGACGACAACAACUCAUUUCCAAGCAAUUAUUACUAUGGCGAGGAGAUCAGUGGUAGCCAUGGCAUGGAGGGCUUCCGCCUAGCAGCCAUGUCAGCCACCGGGCGUCACGGUUGCCCAACCCUGGGUUGCCAAGUGGCAGGAUACGAUCUGACCGGCAGUGACGUGGCAAGUGCCACGUGGGACAUGGAUGAACUCUGGCAAUUCCAGGGAGGCAAAGAGUUGGAAUCUGGAUUUGUGUAGUAUCUAGCUGAUCAUCGUGAGGAAUAGUAAUAGGAAUAGGAAAUCUGUCUGUAGGUUGUUAGUUAACCACCCGUAUAAUAAUCUUUUACUUGGUCUCUAGCAUGAAUCAAGACACCCACCCUCAUGUUUGAUGCAUUUCUAAUCUUGAAAAUUUGCUUAGUUCUUAAGAUGAGAAGAUAUAUAUGUUCAAUAUAUAGUACUAGUAGUAGAAUCAAUUCCUUGUUUGUUGCAGUGAAUAUAGACAAGUUUCAGACUUUGUAAUUAAUUGUAAUUAUGGGCGCAUUAUCUACAGAAAUAACCAAUAAUUUCUGAAGCAAGU